AUGAAGAAUGUCAUGCAGCAAGCGCACGACAAACAUGUGCAGGAGGUGGGACAGCUUCAGAGUCAAUUACAGAAGCAGCAGGGGCAGGACACGCGUCAGCUCGUGAUAGAGACGCUUGGACAGCUGAACUCCAAGCUGAAGCAGAAGAACGAUCGAUGCCAGCGUCAGAUAUCUCAGCUGACGGCCGAGGUGCAGAAUCUGCAGGCUGAGCGCACGAACAUGGCUCAGCGCAUGCAGAACGAGAUCGAUCAGCAGGUGACCUACUACCAGGAGAAGUUCAUGCAGUCGGAGAGAGCCAACCAUGAGAUGGAGGGCAGCAUCUCUCAGCGUACGGAGGUUGAGCACACGCUGCAGCGGCGGCUAGCUGAGGUGACGGAGGAGCUACAUCCAGAGCGUAUGCAGCAUGUGACGGCCGACUCCGAGCUAGCGAAGGCCAAUGCGCUUACUACGGCCGCCCAGGAGGAGUCGACGAAGCUGAAGAACCGAUUGAACUCCCUUCAAAGCAGCGAGGCAGAGCAGCUACAGAUGGUGAAGGAGCUGGAGGGAAAGCUACAGGAACAGGUGUAUGUGCGGUCAGAGCUAGAGAGCAAGGUGCAGGACAUGCAGCGGCAGAUGGAUGCACUCAUGCUCGAGCUACCGGAACUGAACGAAGCCAAGGAGAAGCUGUUGUUGCAGGUCCGGCGAUCGGAGGGAGAGGGACAAGAGGAUGUUGUCCAGAGUGUCAAUGGUGACCACGUCGACGACACGUUGAAACAAUUGAACAAGGUCCAAGAGUCGCGACAGAGCAAGGAACUGCUGGGGCUGAGUGCGAGAUGCCUGUCGACCAAGAGACGGCCGACGCCGACGAUGAGGAGUCGGAACGGUGCGACGCACGACCCCCAGCGGACUUGACGCCCUCGCCAGCCGGCAGCGAAGGAGAUGAAGUGGGGAAAGCGGGCAUGGCAGACGAGACGGCGAGGUGGCACAAGGCCGUUGGAGCCAUGGAGCAUGGUUACCGACCACGGGGCUUGGCGCAAAUGCCGGAGCAAGUUACGCGUAGCCGGGUGCAGGUGCAGCCGCCCGUGUACUACGUCUAGACAGAUGAGUGGCAGCGAGAGGGAAGAAGAAGAGACAUACGGUGGCAAUAGGAUCGCUCAAGCUGGGGUAGGACCCCGUGGUGAGAUAACACUGUACGAAUCUGCGGGGAGGAGGAAGUGACGAAGCAUAUGACGCCUCGUGAGUCUCCUGCGGGUGAUGUUUACGCUCGCGGGGGUACGACUCCUCCUUUAUAACACCGCCGGAUGUGUUAGCGGAGCGGACGGGGAUGGCACGUGUCGAUCUGGAGUAUCGACGCGGGUGGUGGGGUCACGCCCACUGCCCGUGU